ACCAACUUUCGAAAUCAAUUGAAGCUUUUUAGCGCGCAGAAAUGGACAGUCGAGCUCGGAAUUUGCUAGAUGAAGCCCUAGGGCUGGACCAGCUGACCCAAUCGAAGUCGCCUCUUGGCGGGAAAGCAGUUCUGAUCGAGGACUGCGUAGAGACGAGCGGCUCCUUCGUUCUUCACCAGCUUAUCAAACGCCUGCUUACUGCAACUUCCAACUCCUCCAAUGUCGUCCUCUUCCUCGCCUUCGCCAACCCUUUCUCCCACUACGACCGCAUUCUCCGAAAACUCGGCUGCAAUCUAGCUGCCCAGAGAGAGAAGGGUAGGUUCAUUUUCGUUGACAUGCUUAAUGUUCAGUGCCCAGUUGGAGAAGAAGGAAAAGCUGGUGGUGGUAGAAGUGGGUUGUUUGCCUUGUUUGCAAACAUCACUAAAGUCUUGAAUUCCUUGCCUGAAGGCAACAGGAAGUGUCUCACGAUCGUGAUAGAUGAUGUUUCUCUGAUAGAGGUGGCUGCACAUGGAUCUUCGGAUCAUGUUCUGGACUUCCUGCACUAUUGCCAUGCUCUAACAUCAAACCACCAUGGAUGUUCGUUGGUCAUGCUUAAUCACGACGACUUCUACUCGAGCAUGGACAGGCCGGUGUUUCUAAAACAGAUGGAGUAUGCUGCAGAUGUUUUGGUAAAGGUGAAACCUUUAGCCACUGGUUUGGCUGCUGAUGUCCAUGGACAGAUGACCGUGUUGAACAGAGAUCAGUGCAACAGGAGAGGAAGCUUGAAUAACAGAAUGAGCAAUUUCCAGUUCCGGAUCAAGGAAAACAGUGUCGAGUACUUCUAUCCUGGAGCUCGAACUUGAAAGAGCCUAUAGGUCAUUUGUGUCUAGGAGCUAGAAACUUCUCAACGUGGGACAAUUCUUUUAGCUUACAGGAGUAGAUGAGCUUAUUCUCAUGGGGGAAGAACCCCAUCAGAGAGCAGGGAUGAUUGGAUUCACCUGCAUCAGAUCGUUAGGGUUCUAAAUCUUUUCCCUUCAUGCCUACCGUUCUUUUUCUGUUCAAAUUUGUAACGAGAUUGGCAUUCGUCAACUUCCUCUCCAGUUGAACUCUCUUCAGCUUCUUGCUUAAUCAUGUUGGAGAUCGAUUACAAGUGAAG